AUGAUCCACUACAGGCAAGACCCGUGGCUGGGGUUCUGCAUUCUCUUGCAGCCUCACGGGUCCGUGCUUCUCUGCUCCGUCCCUCGCGCUCUGAUUGCUGGCAUUCUCACCUGGGCGCUGAUGACCUACGGGGAACUGACGAGCAACGGGGGAGCAGACAUCAUGUUCAGCCCCACACUGUUCAACUUUUUCCUUUCCCUCGCCGUACUGGUCUUGGCCUUCCACACGAACCAGGCCUACCAACGUUUCUGGGAGGCUCGCUCGCAGGUUCAAAUCAUGGCCAGCUGGUGGGCUGACGCGGCCAGCACCUUUGUCGCCUUGGACGAGAUGACCGGCAUCGCCAAGGGCGAAUAUGCGUGGGGAGCCGACUGGCGAGGGAAGAUUCUUCACCUCCUCAGUUUGCUUCACGCCGUGUCGAUUCAGUAUCUGCUGCACAACGACGCGGAGAAGACACAGCUGGAAGUGCUUGGGGGAAUGGACGCUUUUGAAGCGAAACUCCUCAGCCUCACAGACGACCAAACGUUCCUCGUCAUGCACUGGAUAGUUCAAGAGAUGAUGCGGCGCCUGGUGGUGGAACCAAAGGGCUUGGCGGUGCCGCCGCCGUGCUUUGCGCGAAUUCAGCAUCAGCUGUCGAAUGGAAUGCUAGCGUUCAAUUCAGCAUGCAAGAUUGAAGACACGCCUUUCCCCUUUCCCUACGUUCAGCUCGUGCAACUCAUGGACUGGUUUAUGACUAUUGCUUGCCCGGUGGUCAUUGCCUCGUGGAUGAUCAAUAAGCCAUGCGCAAUCGUCCUCUCGGUGAUCGCCGUCGGUGCCUUCCACGCGACGUUCGCGGCUGCAUGUGCUAUGGAGAGCCCCUUUGGUCGCCAGGCAAACGAUCUGCCGCUUGUGGAGCUUCACCGUGAUUUCGUCAAUCGCCUCAAGUCGAUCGUCGACACGCACGUCGCCGCCUGCUUGAACAACAUGAUCGUGAAGGCUGAAAGUCCAGAAACCCAUGAGUACGAGCUGUACGAGGACGCCGAUCUCCCCGAUUCUCCCCUGGCCAAAAUUCGGAUAAAGCUGCACCAGUACGCGGGCGGGUCUCGCCACAAGAUCGCGCCGCAGCAUCCACCCCACACGCACCUGAAGGGGAAGGCGGCGCAUCUUCACCGGGCGGGACGGGGCAGGGACGAGCACCACGCGCUGGCCGCUGGCCCCCUGUCGCGGUUCCAGCGUCUGCCGCUGUAUCCGAAGAUCCUGCGGCGAUCGCGCAGGCGAACAGCCCCGAGUCACUCGACCAGUCACCGGCACGAGGAGCACGACGAGUGGGAGAAAGACUGGGACGACACGGAGAGCGACUUGUCCCGGGAGGCGAUCACCAGCGAGCCUCAGCGAGGCCUCGCGGCCCCUGCCUCCGAGUACGGCAGUGUCUUCAGCGGCGUGGACAUGGAGCCCAGAGCGGACAGCCACGACGGUAUCGUGGGCCGCAAAGCCCCGGCAGCGGCCGUCCCGAGUGCAGGUUCCGCGGCCUAUCUGUAUCCACCUGGCGAGGCAGGGGCGUCGCCGGGAGUCGACGGCACUCGCUCGACCGCAGUGGCCGCAGACGGCGACGGCGAUGGCGAGAAAGAUCUCUUCAGCAUUCCGUAUCGCAGCGCAGACGCCGACGCUGGGCGACUGUCCGUCGGGCCUGGAUCGGUCGUAGCCGCUCCAGGCAGCACCUGCGGGGCGCAGUCGGAGAGACAGUCCGUGGAGAUGCUCUGCGAACUGGGCACCUUGUCGCGGGGCCUUUCCAGGCGUCUCGACGGCCGGAGCUCCACACGCAGGCAGAGCUUCUUCAAGUCCGUCGGGGACAUCUUGAGGCUCGGAUCCAGGAGUGGGAAAGACGGCCCGUUCGAGGCGGGGCCUGCGCCGUCGGGGAAGGCCGGGGAUCCGCCUUCCAAAGGGGAAACAUCGGCCCGAGCCUCGUUCCGGUCCAGUCGGAUCUUCCAGUUCGGAGACGACAACUUCACCACUUUCCACUCGCUCCAGCGCGACGGCGGCAGCGACGCGUCUCGCCGCCAGAGUGAAGCAGCUGCAACGCCCAUCCCCGUCCCCACGGUGCCCAUCAACAUCCACGUAGCCCCUGCGUCCGCGCUGGAGACUCCUGUUGCAAGCGGCCAGGAAGACACACGCGUGCGAACCGUCUACGUCUUUGAUCCAGCGACGUCUCCCGCGGCGAUGAUGGAAGAAGAGGCAUCUCGUGACAGGGCGACAACACCUGUCGCUGAGCCCGCGUGCCCAGCCGGGGAGACCGCGAGUUCCCCCGUUGACGAGCGGAAGGCCCGCAACGAUACGUCGGCGCUGGCCCCUCCUGAAACACCGUGGGCCUCGAAGGAUGAACGGCUGUCUCCAGCUGACUCGCUCCUCGUCGAACCGCCAAUCUCCAGAAGGGCAACGUGCAUCAGCAUCGAAGAGCCGCUUCCGGUGUCCGCAGUCCGCCGCAUUGGAGGUUCGUCGCAUACAUUGACACCAGGAGACAUCGCUGCUAAAGUGGCCAAGAACUUCAGAGAGAAAGACAAGGAGAAAGACAAGGAAAAGGAGAGAAAGGACUGCGGCCAGGCGAUGCGCAUCAUGCGAUCCGAUACGACGCGGCAAAACGUCGAACGGGGAAAUGAGGGAUGCCUUCAAUGUUCGACGCCCUCCACAGUCGACACUGUUCCGAGAGUUCAUCUCACGCGAACGCUGCGUGUCAGACCACGUCUCAAGAAAGAACAGUUCUUUUCAGAGAUAGCACCAGGGUGCGAAAUGGUUGCUGCCUGUUGCGGUCUGCCGCGGUCGUGUUCUGCCCACUCAUACACGCGGCGACAGGCAGGCAGGGGACAUGAAAGAUGUAUAGGUUUGGUGUACCCCUUUUGUCUGCCUUCGCCGACACCGCAAGAUUAG